AUGUCAAACGAUCAGCGAAUCCACUUUGGCGAACCCCCAACCGUUGGGCUUCCCACCCCGGGGGAACACCCCCCGCACGAUGAAGCCCGCGACGAACACCCCAUAGUGGCGUCAGAACGUUACUGGCGAUUGUUCAAUGACCCAGGUUUGUCACCUCCCGACGGCGCCCCCACCGACCCGUCGCCAGUAUCUCCAGAGGCCUUUCACGACCUCACUCACCAAGUCCGAGCCCUGACGAGCAUGGUGCAGACCAUCAUACCGAUUAUCUCACAGCGAACCCCUCCGCGCGUGGCUCACCCUUCACAGCAACAGGAAAUCCUCGCCCGAGCUCACAUGCCCCUCUCCGGGCUCCCUGGCUCACCCCAGAACCCGAUGGCUCAGCCCGGGAGCCGGGAGGCGGAAGAUACGGCGAGCCGCCCUGAGCGCGAGGCUCCGUCCGCCGAUUCUACAAAUGCCCUACAAGCCCAGCUGCGCCUCGUCAGUCAAAGACUUGACGAAGUACAACAGGAGGUCCGUAAGUCCAAGGGAGACCACGGAGUGGACAGACAGCAAGGAUCCCCGUUCACCCCCGAGAUCCAAGAUCAGGCGAUCCCGUCACACUUCCGCCUGCCCUCGCUGGACGCAUAUCACGGCGCCGCUGACCCAGCGGACCACGUGGCCACCUUUCGCGCCCAAAUGGUGCUAUACGGGACCUCCGACGCUUUGAUGUGCAGGGCGUUCCCGACAACCCUACGGGAUCCGGCCCGCGCGUGGUACAGCGGUCUGAAGGCCGGGACCAUCGCCUCCUUCGACCAACUCGCCAAAGACUUCGAGCUCAGUUUCCUGGCUUACGCUCGACCGAAACCAUCCGUAGCAUUACUCCUCGGGCUCAACCAGAGGGAGGACGAGCCCCUCUCCCAUUUUGUGAACCGCUUUACGACUCAAAUUCGCGGACUAUCGGACGCUCACCCCUCUCUACUGAUGCAGGCAUUCAUGACAGGCCUGCGGCCUUCCCGGUUCUUCUGGUCUCUCGUGGAGCGACCCCCCGCCGCGGUUCCCGAAAUGAUUCAGCGUGCUGGCCAGUUCAUCGCCGCGGAGACAUGGAUGGCCGGGAAGCGGGAAGAACACAAAAAAGUCAAGACGGAGCCGCCCCGACAACAGCAGCCCUCCGCCUCCCGUCGCAGGUUGGAUAGAUCCGACCUGAGGUCUCCUCUCCCCGUCUUGAGUUCUUCACAGACGGAAAUACUUCUCCAUGAGAAGGGGAAGGGGUUACUCAAGGAGCCCCACCCGAUGAGGAGCCCGCGAGAGCUCGCGGACCGCUCGAAAUACUGCCGUUUCCAUCGGCAGCAUGGGCACGACACUGAGCAGUGCCGUGAGCUAAAAAGGCAGAUCGAGGAGCUCAUCCGCCGAGGGCAUCUCAGCCACUACCUUCCACCGGUCAAGGAGCCGUCACCUCACCCGGAAGGCCCCGUCGAACGACACAUCGACGUGAUAGCCGGGGGCCCCGCAAUAGGGGGGGGCUCCGCAUCGGGCAGAAAGGCGUAUGCCCGGGCCGCUCCCGACGAAGCCUCGGGACACGAGCCCGAGUCCGAGAUUACCUUCCUAACCGGAGCUGCCGAGCGACCUGACCACGAUGACGCCCUGGUAAUAUUGGCCAGGAUAGCCAACGCGCAGGUGAGAAGGAUCAUGGUCGACACGGGAAGUUCGACCGAUAUACUUUACUUUGACGCUUUCCAGAAGCUCGGCUUAGCCAAGGAAAGCUCACGCCCAAUCUACUUAGCGCUCACCGGGUUCACAGGAGAUUCAAUAUCACCUUUGGGGGCCAUCACUUUGCCUUUAACCUUGGGCGUCCCGCCAAGGUCAAAAAUGGUGAUGACCACCUUUUUGGUGGUCGACCUUCCUACGGCCUACAAUGCCAUACUGGGACGGCCGACCCUCAAUAAAAUCAAAGCCGUUGUCUCGACCUACUAUCAAAUCAUUAAGUUCCCGACUCACGCUGGGGUCGGAGAAGUCAACGAAAGCCCCCGAGAGUCCAGGCGGUGCUACCUAACCGCCGUUUCACUACACAAGAGAACCAGGGUCGAGCCACCGUUGGAGGACCCACGGGAGACAAAAAGACCGGCCCCUCAUCCCGAGCCGAAGGGGCCCACCAUUGAUGUACCAUUAUAA